GGAUUUUAAUGAUCCAGCCCUAAGUUGAUAUAGAACAUAUUUCAGCCUUAUGAAGACAUUGAUAAGUUAUCAUUAGAGAGUGUAUUAAAUUAUAGGAUAAUGAUGCCUCUCUGGAACUAAGGACUGGUAUAGGAUGAAUUGUUUUCCAAUAAAAUAGAGACACUACUACUAUAGUAUGUUUCUAAAGUGGAUAUUGGAGAACAUAGUAUUUCGGAACACAACAGUCAUUGAUAUUUAAGGAUAAUGAUCGUGGUCCUUCCCUGCCUGGAACUAAGAGCCUCUGGAAGAGAAUAAUUGUUUUCUAAUGAGACAGCGACAAGUUUAGCGUGCUACUAUUGCAGUUACUAGAGAACAUAGCAAUUUUGAACUCAGUCUACUUGUAUACUAUCUGAUCAUCUUGAGGAAUAGACUAAUGCCCUGGAAAUUACUCUGAUGAGGCGGUUUGGGAUUUAAGUCCAGUUCAAGCAAAGACGACAUGUACAGACUGUACACCUUAAAACAAUAUUGGGAAAUUGUAAUAGUACCGCAGUAACAACAGCUAUAAAAGCACAGGUCUAAAUACAGAGAUGUGGAUAAAGGAAGACUAUCACUUUGUGUCCAAUGUAAUGGAGGAAUGUUAUGUUAUGCCCAAUAAUAAGCAAGUUUAACUCUGGAACAUGGAGGAAAACUCCAGUGACUAGUAACAUCAAAGAAUAAAACGAGCAGAAUAAUACUUGUGAUUCCAUAUCACUUUUCAAAAAUUGAUCUUGCAAAAUGCCGUUUGGAGAUUACCCAUCAUCUAAGAAUGCGGCGCCACAUCUGUCAUACGAGAACAUAUCUGGGAUACUUAGUAUAUCCGUACAAUCCACAUUAGUGUUGGCAAAUAUAUUUCCUCUGGUCGUGGCAUGUCGUUUCAAGAAACAAUCCAACAAACUCGUUACAGAUAUUUUGAUCUCUGCUUUGAGCGUAACUGACAUUCUUUCAGUAGUGAUCCCAGCUCCGUUUGGGAUUAUAUCUUACUUCACAAGGACUUGGUAUGGAGGGAAACAUACGUGUGAGUUUUAUCAGUUGACGACUAACUGGUUCCAGCUUGCCUCUAUGUGUCUCAUUAGCUUCAUGUGUAUUGACCGUUGGUUGGCACUUAGAGUCGCUUUGAUCUGUAAGACUAGUUCUAGUGCUGAUAAACACAGGGCUAAGAUCAUCAUUAUCGUCAUAUAUUUACUGACUUUCGUUGUGGCUGCUUUACCCUUGAUGGGACUUGGGCCACCGACUAUAUCUGACUCGGGGCACUUGUGUACUUCAUGGAUUGUCGCCACAUCUCAAUCAUCCAAGCUAGAAGGAUUACGUGAGCAUACAUUUUAUGUCAUGUUCCUUAUAGUCGGUUAUGGGAACUUGUUAGUGGUUGUGUGCUUCAAUGCAAGGGUGACUGCGUGCCUCUGGAGCCUCCACAAGAUGACCACCAACCGAUCCUUGCAAAUCAGAGGCUUGUAUGCUGGUUAUAUGGAGAAGAAGAUCGUCAUGGAGUGCACCAUUAUGAUUCUUAUUGUCACCAUUGUCUUCUAUCUCACUUGGCUGCCUGCGUUGGUUAUCAUCACAAUGCAGAAAGUUGGGUCACCAAUAGAUGUCGCCACUGUAUUGUACGCUCUAUUGAGUACGAUGUUGACAGGUCUGCUCAAUCCUAUUCUAUAUGGCUUGUUCUCUAGGCCCUAUAGACUGGGCUAUGCUAAAUUGUGUAUCGGUGCUACCAAAUGCAUGUGUGGUUGCCCUCAGAGAUCAAUCUCAAUCGAUGAAGAUGUAGGAAUUGCCAACCCCUGCCAUCAGCAAUCAUGUCAUAUAUCAUCCCUCGCCAGUGAGGCUAGUUCAAUUACUGCGCUGUUACACCAUAGACAGGGCGUGAGAGAACCUGAUGAUGCUGGGGACCCUCUGGUAGAGCGAACAUCUAGCAUUCUCACUAUGCCUCAUAGCUCAAGCAUGAGGAUUGUACGAUCAGAUACAUUAGACAUGAGAAAUGUCAUUCAAGGCUAUAGCGCCGAAAAUAUGUGUGGUGAACAAGAUGUUGAGGAUAAUGAUGAUGAUAUCAACGUCAUAGAGCCUCGUUUUAAUGCUCCUAUGACAUCCUUCCUUCCAAUGCCCGAAUGUAGUUCAAACAGCCAAGCAUCUUCCAGCACUGGUAAUAUGACGGUCUCCUCAUCAUGCCAUGACGUAGAUGAGGCAUAUGUUGCUCACAGAGGGACUAUGGAAGAGACUGGUAUAUGUGACCCGAUUGUCAGAGAGAGACCACAUAAAACUCUUUUAACACAUGUGAUAAUAGAAGAGAGUGACUUGUAAAUGCACAUUGUAGAACAAUCAUGAUCAAACAAUCAAUUCAUGUAUCAUUUAUUAGAAAUAUGAUAUUCAAAGCAAA